AUGGAGCAAUGUGUGUCUGCUGGUCGGUCUUUGCCCGUCUCCAGGCGUGUGUGUUUCGCGGUGGGACAUUUUUUCAACGACCUGUGCGCCUCGCUGUGGUUCACCUAUCUGCUGGUCUACUACCACUCCGUGCUGGGCUUCCAGAGUACCUUUGCGGGCGUGUUGUUGCUUAUUGGACAAAUAGCAGACGGGGUUUGCACGCCCUUAAUAGGAUAUGAAUCGGACCAGACGCCGGGCUCUGGAUACGGAAAGAGGAAAACUUGGCAUUUGUUGGGGACGCUGUGCGUGUUUGUUUCUUUCCCCUUUAUCUUCACUCCAUGCCUGGCCUGUGAUGCCAACACCGCCCAGUGGGCCCAGCUCACAUACUUCUCACCAUUCAUCAUCAUUUUCCAGUUUGGCUGGGCGGCAACCCAGAUCUCCCACCUCUCCCUCAUCCCAGAGUUGGUGUCCAGUGAGAAUGCCAAGGUGGAGCUCACUGCCUACAGGUAUGCCUUCACCGUUGUGGCCAAUAUCACUGUGUAUGCCCUGGCAUGGCUGCUCUUUCACUUUCAGAGACAGCGUAGUCUUGACUCGUCCAUCACAGAUAACCUGGGCCAGGGGACAGUGCCAGGUAUUGGGGCACUGUUCUCACUGAUAUUUCAUAUGGGUACUAAGGAGAGGACGGCAGCUAAGGAGGAGCCCUCAGCCUCAGAGAGAGAGGGGCAGCCCCCUGUACUUCAAUGGACGCGCUGGCUAAAGGAGCCCUCCUUCUACCAGGUGGCUUUCCUGUACAUGUGCACUAGACUAAUAGUUAACAUGUCCCAGACCUACAUCUCUAUGUACCUCACCAACUCACUAUUACUACCAAAGAACUACAUUGCCAUCAUACCAUUGGUGAUGUUUGUCAGUGGUUUUAUGUGCUCAUUUGUCAUGAAACCAAUCAGCAAAUUCAUAGGCAUAAAUAUGACCUAUUUUGCAGGCCUUUUGUUGGUGUUUGGCUUCGCCUUUUGGGUGUUUGCGGACAGUGACAUGGGACAGGGGAGGAUUUAUGGGGCUGCGGUGCUGCUGGGGGCUGGUUGUGCCACCAUCCUGGUCAUGUCUCUGUCCAUGACGGCCAAGCUCAUAGGGGAGCAGACGCAAAGCGGGGCCUUUGUGUAUGGAUCGAUGAGCCUCACUGAUAAGGUGGCAAACGGCGUAGGGGUCAUCCUAAUCCAGGGCAUGUGGCUGUGCAGCUCAGAGACAUGCUGUCCAGAUUGUGUCUGGUUCUAUCGUGACAUCAUGUUGAUAGUAAUCGGCGGCGUGGCUGUGGCAGCAGCAGUUUCCCUUUUCACAAUUUUAAUCUGGCCAAUCAGGAUACGACGGAAUUAG